AUGGAGAACAACAAGACCAAUACUAUACCAGCAUUAUUCCAACCAUUGAAAAUCAAUGACUCGAUCAAGUUACCUAAUAGAAUCGGGGUUUCGCCAAUGUGCAUGUAUUCAUCGUCACCGACUGACAAUCAAGCCACCCUGUUUCAUUUUGUUCAUUAUGGAUCAUUUGCUAUUCGUGGACCAGCAUUAAUCAUAUUGGAAAGUACCUCUGUGUCUGAGAAUUCCGGAUUAUCUAUUCAUGAUUUAGGUAUUUGGAAUGAUGAUCAAGCUUAUAGUUUACGGAAAAUUGUUGAUUUUAUUCAUGAUCAAAAUGGAAUUUGCUGUCUACAAUUGAAUCAUGCGGGGAGAAAGAUUGGUGAAGGGAUACCAUUCCAACAUAUACAACAUGAUUGGCAAGAACAUUGUGUGGGCCCAUCUACUGAGCCAUUUAGUGAGUCGCAUAAUACACCACGAGAAUUGACUGUUAAUGAAAUACACUCAAUUGUUGAAGAUUUCGCCAAUGCAGCUUGGCGAGCGGUAGAACUUUCAAAAUUUGAUGCCAUUGAAAUCCAUUGUGCUAAUGGAUGUGUAAUACACCAAUUCUUAAGUAAAUUGACAAACAAGAGAAAUGACAAAUACGGGGGCUCGUUUGAAAAUAGAGUUAGAUUUCUCUUACAAAUAAUUGAAAAUAUAAAACUACAGACAGAAACACCAAUUUUUUUAAAAUUUCCAAUGUCAGACAAUUGUAGUGACCCCGAAGCAUGGUCUACAGAAGAUGCAUUGAAAUUGGCCGAUCUUGUUAUUGAUUUAGGAGUAAACGUAAUCGACGUUACUUCUGGUGGAAAUGUUGCUCAUUGCAAAUCUAGAUAUCUAUUAAAUGACGAUAAACAAAUACCUUCUCAAGUACCUUUAGCUCGUAAAUUGAAGAGCCAUAUUGGAGAUCGAUGUUUGAUUGCAUGUAGUGGAGGAUUAGAUCGAGACAUAUUUAAACUUGACGAGUUUAUUGCUAAUGGUGAUUUUGACAUUGCAUUAAUUGGUAAAGGAUUUCUUAAAGAUACGGGUUUGAUUAGCCGUAUUGCUGAUCAAUUGCAAACUCAAUUCAAAACUGCUCCUCAAUACAAAUUGGCUUUAUCAUAA